AUGCAAAAUGCUAAUACUCUGAAGAAAGCCCUCAACACCGGUUCCGGGGUCUCCUUCGGGGCGUGGCAGAUGCUACCGGGCUCAUACGUGUCCAAGGCGAUUGCCCAGGCUGGUUAUGACUGGGUUUUAAUCGACUGCGAGCAUGGAAACAUCGCUGACAAUGAAAUGCACCAUUCAGUACACGCUGUAGCAGGCUGCGGUGCGAGUCCUAUCGUGCGCCUACCAGCAAUGGAUAGUUGGAUGAUAAAACGCGCUUUGGACGCUGGUGCUCAUGGCGUCCUGCUACCUUUGCUUCGUACGGCAGACGAUGCCCGGAGCAUUGUGCAAGCCUGUAAAUUUCCACCCCAAGGACGGCGAGGCUUUGGAAGCCCUUUCUCCAUGGGCGCUUUCCAUCCAAGGGGAGAUCUGAGUGGAUUGGCUUACUUGGAAAAUGCCAACGACCAUAUCUUGACUAUAGUGCAGAUUGAAACUCAAGAGGCCCUUGCAAAUGUUGACGAAAUCGCCAAAGUUGACGGCAUCGAUGUGUUGUUUGUAGGACCGUUUGACCUGGGCAACAAUAUCGGACAUCCGAUCCGUGGAGAGUUUGCACCCGAGCUCAAGGAGGCGAUUCUGAAAGUUCAGGCUGCAGCCAGAAACGCAGGCAAAAAGACAGGCAUUUAUUGCACGGAUGGGAAAAUGGCUCGUGAAUACGCCGACGCAGGAUUUCAAAUGAUUUCCGUCGUCAAUGACAUGACAGUAUUGCCCACCGGGAUGGCGAACGCACUUUCUAUCGCCAAGGGAACAAAACAGGAAGCCAAGGGAACAGCAUAUGGUGGCACGACAUAG